UCCACUGUGCCGCCACUGUUUAAUUGAUAACAUUGCACAUUUGCUUGCAAGUGUCCCCUGUCAUUGGUUCAUUUCAACAAAUAGGUAAAAGGGAUUUGUGUUCACUACUGCCACGGGAAUGUAAAGAACUGUAUUGUCACAAUCUAGCAAAUGUUAGUGCAAAAACAAAACUCUUCCCUCAUUUCAUGUACAAAAACUUUUAUCUCUGUCCAGAAUCACGUCAACCUGGUGCACAGAAAGGGGAAAACGAAAGUCUGCUCGCACCCAGGUUGUGGGAAGAGGUUUUAUUUAUCAAAUCACCUGCGGAGACACAUGAUCAUUCACUCAGGAGUGCGAGAUUUUAUUUGUGAAACUUGUGGGAAAUCAUUCAAAAGGAAGAAUCAUCUUGAAGUCCAUCGAAGGACACACACUGGGGAAACACCGCUCCAGUGUGAAAUCUGUGGAUAUCAGUGUCGACAGAGAGCUUCACUAAACUGGCACAUGAAGAAACACGACACGGAGAUACAGUACAACUUCACCUGUGAAUACUGUGGCAAGAAGUUUGAGAAAAUGGACAGUGUCAAAUUUCACAAGUUAAAAAGUCACCCUGAGUGUCAGACCAUGUGACUUGACAUUGCUGGCCUUGUACUGUUGUAGCAAGAGGCAUAUGCACGAAUCCUCCGCGACAAGGCGUAACAUUUGUGCAAGCACUGUUUAUUCAAACAUAAAAUUCUAUAUUUUCAGCUUCUCUAUAUUAAAUAUUUUCAAAUUGU